AUGUCGGACUCCAAGAACCAGGUUGCCGUCCAGGCGACGGCUUCUAACGCCAAUUCUACCUCGUCGUCUCCUAAGGAUACGGCGGAGGUGGUGGUGCAGAGCCAGCGCGAUGAAGAGGCGCUGGCGCCGGCCGAUCAAGUUGAUACGCAAAAGAAGGGGUUCUUCGCCUACUUCAAGACCAAGGAGUUCUACAUUGUGUUGCUUUUAGGACAAGCUCUCGCUAUUAUGAACACUGCGACGAGCACCUUCACCACCCUACUCACCGAGGAGAAUUGGUCUAUUCCUACUUUUCAGACCAUUCUCAACUACAUUGUGCUUACCUGCAUCUUCACCCCUUACACCAUCUACCGUUACGGUUUCAAGGGCUGGCUCCGAUUGAUCUGGCGUGACGGAUGGAAGUACAUCAUCCUCGCUUUCUGCGAUGUGGAAGGAAACUACUUCAUCGUGCUCGCAUACGAAUACACAACCAUGCUCAGCGCCCAACUAAUCAACUUCUGGGCCAUCGUCGUGGUAGUCGUUAUCUCCUUCCUUUUCCUGAAGGUCCGAUACCAUAUUACCCAAAUCGCCGGUAUCAUCAUCUGCGUUGGUGGCAUGGGUGUCCUCAUUGCUUCGGACCACAUCACUGGCACAAACGGUGGCGAUGUUUCCUCGGGUAACCAGCUCAAGGGCGACCUUUUCGCCCUGCUCGGUGCCUCGUUCUACGGCCUCACAAAUACCGCCGAGGAGUACUUUGUUAGCACUAGACCUGUUUACGAGGUUUUGGGCCAGCUUUCAUUAUAUGGCGUCAUUAUCGACGGUGUGCAAUCUGCCAUCUUCGAGCGUGACAAGUACAACGCCAGCCACUGGGACGGUAAGGUUGGAGGCUACCUGAUUGGAUUCACAAUUUGUCUGAGCAUGUUCUACUGCCUUGCACCCACGAUGUUCCGAUUAUCGUCCGCUGCGUUCUUUAACAUCUCAUUGCUUACGAUGAACUUCUGGGGUGUGUGCAUUGGUAUCAAGGUCUUCCAUUACCACAUUCACUGGAUGUACCCCAUUGCCUUUGUGCUCAUCAUUGUCGGUCAAUUGAUCUACUACCUGGGACGUAGAGCAUUGGCAGAGGCAAGGAAGCCCUGGUUGGGAGAGAACCAGGAGCGAGGUGUUAAGGGGUGGUUCACUGCGAAGCGACGUAUUGAGCAUGAAGUUCCCGGUGCUGUGCUAGAGGAGGAUCGGGUCCAGGAUCAGCAGGGCUCUGGUCACAGCACUUCGCACGCCGUUGAUACCCAUGUCAAUGCUGCCUAG